AUGGCGGACACAAAAUUCUACGGCUGGUUGGCCCACGACAAGAACAGCGUCAACGGCAACCUCCAAUGGGGCCCGUUCGAGCCCAAGCCCUUUACUGAAGACGACGUCGACAUCGAGAUCACCCACUGCGGCAUCUGCUUCUCCGACAUCCACACCCUGCGGUCUGGCUGGCACCCGACGAACUACCCCUGCGUUGUCGGCCACGAGAUCGUCGGCCGCGCCGUCCGCGUCGGGUCGCGGGCAGCGCAGGAGCGCGGCAUCAAGGUCGGCGAUCGUGUCGGCGUCGGCGCGCAGGCCAGCAGCUGUCUGAAGCCCGAGUGUGCAGAGUGCACGUCCGGCGAGGAGCCCGGCUGCGCUCAUCGCGUCGACACGUACAACUCGGUCUAUCCCGACGGAAGCAAGUCCUACGGCGGCUAUGCCAACUACAACCGCACCCCGGGCCACUUCGUCUUCAAGAUCCCUGAUGCGCUCGACUCGGCCGAGGCCGCGCCCAUGCUGUGUGGUGGAAUCACCGUGUACUCGCCGUUGAAGAAGAACGGAUGCGGGACGACGGCGAAGAGGGUGGGCAUUGUAGGAAUUGGAGGACUGGCGCUGGGCGCUGAAAAGGUGGUUGCCAUCUCGCGCUCGAGCGCGAAGAAGGCCGACGCCCUGCAAAUGGGGGCCGACGAAUUCAUCGCGACCGGCGAGGAGGAGAACUGGGCGCAGAAGCACGCCGACACGCUCGACCUGAUCGUGUCGACGGUGUCGUCCCCGGACAUGCCGCUGGCGGGCUACCUGAAGCUGCUGCGGCGGAAGGGCACGUUCGUGCAGGUCGGGGCGCCGGAAGAUACGCUGCCCGGGUUCGACGCCUUCUCGCUGAUCCUCAAGGGCAUCAAGGUGACGGGCAGCCUGAUCGGGGCGCCGCACGAGAUCGAGGAGAUGCUGCAGCUGGCGGCGGACAAGAAGGUGCGGCCGUGGAUCCAGCAAGUGCCGAUGAAGGAGGCCAACCGGGCGGUGGUGGACAUGGCGAAUGGGAAGGCGCGGUACCGAUACACGCUGGUCAACUAG